GUGUCUUUAAGACUGUGCGGUGGUUAUACGUACUUUUCUCUCCUGUGAAUGGGUUUUGCUGUAAAUUACAGCUCUGCCCGUGGUCCCUUGGGUCAAAAGAACUGGUCUCCAAACAGAAACAGCUCCGAUUGGUGCCCUGCGCUUCCCUCCCAGCCCCUUCCUAAUUGAAACCAAAUGUGCGGCGUGCUGGAUGCUGGGAGCCUGGCGCCGGCCCAGGAAUCCUCAGAAUGUGAGGUUUCUCGCAAAGGCAUCUUGCAUCAGCCCCGUGGAUGCGCGCUGCCGCGGCCACCAGGCUGAGCGGGCGGCCUUCACACCCCGCUCUGCUCUCCCUGCGGCCGGACCGGGAUCACAGCUCCGUCCUCGGCUUCUGCCCUCAGUGCGCACUCCUGGAUGAGCGUCCCUCGCUGCCUCUGAGAUGGCCCCGGCCCCCAGGAUGCCCUCGGUGCUGCUCCUGCUGCUGCCCAUCCUGAGUUCUGCAAGAGCCCAGGUCAACCCAGCCGUGUGCCGCUACCCCCUGGGCAUGUCGGGAGGCCACAUUCCGGAUGAGGACAUCACAGCCUCCAGCCAGUGGUCAGAGUCCACCGCGGCCAGAUACGGACGGCUGGACUCAGAGGAAGGGGAUGGAGCCUGGUGUCCCGAGAUCCCGGUGGAGCCCGACGACCUGAAGGAGUUCCUGCAGAUCGACCUGCACUCCCUGCACUUCAUCACGCUGGUGGGGACCCAGGGCCGCCACGCGGGCGGCCACGGCAUCGAGUUCGCCCCCAUGUACAGGAUCCACUACAGCCGGGACGGCGCACGCUGGAUCUCCUGGCGGAACCGGCACGGGAAGCAGGUGCUGGACGGAAGCAGUAACCCCUACGACAUCUUCCUGAAGGACCUGGAGCCGCCCAUCGUGGCCAGAUUUGUCCGCUUCAUCCCGGUCACCGACCACUCCAUGAACGUGUGCAUGAGGGUGGAGCUCUACGGCUGCGUCUGGCUGGACGGCUUGGUGUCCUACAACGCUCCGGCCGGACAGCAGUUCGUGCUCCCUGGAGGCGCCGUCAUCUACCUGAACGAUUCUGUCUACGAUGGAGCCGUCGGGUACAGCAUGACCGAAGGGCUGGGCCAGCUGACGGACGGGGUGUCCGGCCUGGACGACUUCACCCAGACCCACGAGUACCACGUGUGGCCCGGCUACGACUAUGUGGGCUGGAGGAACGAGAGUGCCACCAACGGCUACAUCGAGAUCGUGUUUGAAUUUGACCGCAUCAGGAACUUCACCACCAUGAAGGUGCACUGCAACAACAUGUUCGAGAAGGGCGUGAAGACCUUCAAGGAGGUGCAGUGCUACUUCCGCGCGGAGGCCGGUGAGUGGGAGCCCAACGCUGUGUCCUUCCCGCUGGUGCUGGACGACGUGAACCCCAGCGCCCGCUUCGUCACCGUGCCCCUGCAGCACCGCAUGGCCAGCGCCCUCAAGUGCCAGUACCACUUUGCCGACACCUGGAUGAUGUUCAGCGAGAUCACCUUCCAAUCAGAUGCUGCCAUGUACAACACCUCCGGGGCCCUGCCCGCCUCGCCGGGGGCGCCCACCACCUACGACCCAAUGCUGAAAGUCGACGACAGCAACACCCGCAUCCUGAUUGGCUGCCUGGUGGCCAUCAUCUUCAUCCUCCUGGCCGUCAUUGUCACCAUCCUCUGGAGGCAGUUCUGGCAGAAGAUGCUGGAGAAGGCCUCCCGGCGGAUGCUGGACGACGAGAUGACCGUCAGCCUGUCCCUGCCCAGCGAGUCCAGCAUGUUCCACAACAACCACUCCUCACCGCCCAGUGAGCAGGGCUCCAGCUCCACCUACGACCGCAUCUUCCCGCUGCGGCCCGACUACCAGGAGCCCUCCAGGCUGAUCCGCAAGCUCCCAGAGUUCGCUCCCGGGGAGGAGGCGCCAGGCUGCAGCGGCCUUGCCAAGCCAGGCCCGCCCAGCGGCCCUGAGGGCGCGCCCCACUACGCAGAGGCGGACAUCGUGAACCUGCAGGGUGUGACCGGGGGCAACACCUACUCCGUGCCCGCCCUCACCAUGGACCUGCUCUCGGGGAAGGACGUGGCCGUGGAGGAGUUCCCCCGGAAGCUCCUCGCCUUCAAGGAGAAGCUGGGGGAAGGCCAGUUCGGGGAGGUCCAUCUCUGCGAAGUGGAGGGGAUGGAAAGGUUCAAAGGCAAAGACUUGGCCAUGGAUGCCAGUGCCAGCCAGCCAGUCCUGGUGGCUGUGAAGAUGCUCCGGGCAGACGCCAACAAGAAUGCCAGGAAUGAUUUCCUAAAGGAGAUAAAGAUCAUGUCCCGGCUCAAGGACGCCAACAUCAUCCGUCUCUUAGCCGUGUGCAUCGCCGACGACCCUCUGUGCAUGAUCACCGAGUACAUGGAGAACGGGGACCUCAACCAGUUCCUCUCCCGCCACGAGCCGCCCAGCUCCAGCCCCAGCCAGGUGCCCACUGUCAGUUAUGCCAACCUGAAGUUCAUGGCGACUCAGAUCGCCUCUGGCAUGAAGUACCUUUCCUCCUUGAAUUUUGUCCACCGAGACCUGGCCACACGGAACUGCCUGGUGGGCAAGAACUACACCAUCAAGAUCGCCGACUUCGGGAUGAGCCGGAACCUGUACAGCGGGGACUACUACCGCAUCCAGGGCCGCGCCGUGCUGCCGAUCCGCUGGAUGUCCUGGGAGAGCAUCCUGCUGGGCAAGUUCACCACGGCCAGCGACGUGUGGGCCUUCGGGGUGACCCUGUGGGAGGCCUUCACCUUCUGCCAGGAGCAGCCCUACUCCCAGCUGUCCGACGAGCAGGUCAUCGAGAACACCGGGGAGUUCUUCCGGGACCAAGGGAGGCAGACCUACCUCCCGCAGCCCGCCAUCUGCCCCGACUCCGUGUACAAGCUGAUGCUGAGCUGCUGGCGGAGGGACACGAAGCACCGGCCCUCGUUCCAGGAGAUUCACCUGCUGCUGCUCCAGCAGGGCGACGAGUGACCGC